AUGUCGGAAGAAGAGGCUGAGGGUUCCAUACAGGUGGAAGAUACCUCCGAAAAAGAGAAUAUCGAACCACCUUUAAAAAAGGCAAAGUUAAGAGAGGAUAAACACAUCGAUCGUCUCGGUAAACUCGAAGCUCGUUUGAGCGACAUUUUGAGCUGCACCGUUUGCCUUGAUUUGCCCAGUAAAUCGGUUUUUCAGGUAUUUCUAUUUUGCUGUUUGUUUAAAUAGAUAUUUGCUUAUUCCAAUUUUCAUGCUCAUGUUCAGAAAAGGGCUAACCCCUGCUGUAAAUUCCUUGGCUAGGCUCAACGCCAAUACAUGUUUAUGGACUUCAAGUUAAGCUUACGUUUUCAACGCGCUUUCUUUUUCUAUCUUUUAGCUUAUAUUCAUUGUCAGGCUUUCAAUUAUUAUUUUUCUUUUAGCAGCUUGGACACUCCCUGUGUGUAUUCGAGGUUAAUUUGACAAGGGGAGGUCAAAAUGAUCCUUGUCAAUUUUCAUCCUUCGUUGACAUUCGUGCCUUCAUUUCCAACUAGCUACCCCGUAAGUUCGCGUUCAUUUGAAAAAUAAACAUUUCGUUGAAGGAGUUGAGGUUCAGAGAGUUGAGCAAAUAAGGUUGAAACAAUUUUUAUCGUAACAUUUUCGGUUUCUUCCUUAAUCUGACACAAAAUUGGUUUGCAUCCUUGAACUUAAUGUGGUCUACUGAAGCGUAAAAAUAAUGUGUAGAAUUUGCUAAACAUGCAUGUGAUAAAGGCGUGAUAGCUUCUGGAUGUUGAAGGUUGUCUAACCAUACAAAGAUCUUUUUUGUUGUCCACGUGGGUAAUACGUGGAUGGCUUUUAACGAUCCUGCGACGUUUUAGAAUUGAACCGAUCUUCCACUUGUAUUGGGUGCUAUUAAUAAUUAAUCACACUGUUUUGUUUUAAUAUUGUUAAUAUUUAAUGAUUUAACUUAAACUCUCAUUAAUAAUUCUCUAAACAGUAAUAUCUAUCUGCCUUUGCACAAAUAAAUCACACAACAGUCAUGGUGGGACACAGAGAGAAGCAACAAACAAUAACAAAUUUAUUAAUUGUUACAUUAUUAAUUUUUUUACUUUCUACUUGGUCCCAGGGUUCCCUUGGCUUAUGUAAGAUAAUUAUUACCUUAUUAGGGAUUAAAGCAUUAACAUGUAUAUGCGAUGGUGUGUUAUAACAUCGAUGGUAAUAUUAUUGUGGGUACAUCUUUUAUAGCCAAUGUAGUGAACAUUGUGGUUUCUAAUAUUAUGGUAAAUUGCAUUCUUCUCUAACUUAGUGUCGAAAUGGACACCUCAUGUGUGCCUCAUGCUUCACUCACCUUCUGGCCGACAGCCGGCUUAAAAAUGAGCAGCCAACUUGUCCAAACUGUCGAACUGAGAUAAAUCGCAACAUCUGCUCUCGCAACCUAGCUGUUGAGAAAACCAUCUCUGAGCUUCCAACAGAAUGCUCACACUGCAGUCAGGAGUUGCCACGGAGCAGUUUACGAAAUCAUGAGGAGAAAGAAUGCCUGAACAGGUAUGUGACUUGUUUGGAUUUAGUUUUACUGAUCUUGCUUCUUCAGUGUUUCAACAUUGAAAUGCUUCACUUUUUGUGCAUCUCAGUCUUUUGCAGCUCAUUUUUUUCUUUAUGCAUUGAUGAAAUAAAAUAGUGAAAAAAAUAUCUUGUUUGCAUUUUAUCUCUGUCUGUGUGAUCUUUUCUGGGCAUGGGGGUAACGUUACGGUAUGCCAUGUGCACCUUUUUUACUUUCACUUCAAUCUCCCUGAAACAUCUACCCAUUUCACCAACUUUUUCCCCUCCCUGUGCUUCUAACUUGCAAAACUGAUGUUUUUCAUGUUUAUCACCUGAAAUUAAAGACUCUUCGGUUUAUUUUUUCUCUUAAAACAACAAAUUUAAGUUGUUGUGUUACACUUUUGAUGUACUUAACAUAUUUUAGUUGGUAGAUUGUAUAAUGAAGAGCCUGCUUUAUGGUUGUAAAUAAUAAAUUAUUAUUUUAGAUCUCAAUGUGCCACUGACAAUGUAACAAAACUGAUUAAUUAGUAUUUAAAUGAGUUAAGAAAUAUCCAGAACACUGCAUUACAGUGUACAAAUAAUAUUAUUAAUAAAAACGUCAGCCUAAAUAUUCUUGUCAUGGUAGUAUGAUAAUCUUUGAAAAGUUGAAUAAAACAAUUUUAAAAUGUUGAGUCUCUGUUUUGCCUUAUUUGUUUUCGGAGUGCUAACAAAAGAAAUAAAUUCUGGGAAUGUUUUCAGUAAAUGACUAGUUGACAUUUAAAGUUCAACAUACUGGGAUGUUAAAGAAAAAAGGGGGGUUNACAAAUAAUAUUAUUAAUAAAAACGUCAGCCUAAAUAUUCUUGUCAUGGUAGUAUGAUAAUCUUUGAAAAGUUGAAUAAAACAAUUUUAAAAUGUUGAGUCUCUGUUUUGCCUUAUUUGUUUUCGGAGUGCCAACAAUAGAAAUAAAUUCCGGGAAUGUUUUCAGUAAAUGACUAGUUGACAUUUAAAGUUCAACAUACUGGGAUGUUAAAGAAAAGAGGGGUUUGUUGAUAAUUGUGUUUAUUAUUGUAUAAGGAAAUGGGAGUUGAUCUAUUGGUGGACGCAUAAAUGUAUUGCUGAUUGUAGCCAGAGAUAACAGAUUACAUUUCACAAUACCACCACUGGUUUCCCCUGCGAAAUGAUCUCUAAGAAACAAGCACAGAAAUUCCAUACUGAUGAUGCGUCACUACCCAGAUCUGGGUAGUGCUUCUAAUUGGUUGAAGCAAAUUUCCCAUGCAGCAUGACCAAUCAGAAGCACUACACAGGUCUUGGUAGUGAUGCAUCAUCAGUAUGGAAUUUCUGCACUUGUUUCUCAGACAUCAUAAUUUCACGGGCAAACCAGUGGUGGCACCAUGGAAUGUUGUCUGCUUUCUCAGGCUAUGUUGAUUGAAGAGUCAUUUAACAUGAGUAUUGAUCAAAUAGAAAAGCUGCCAUGCUUGCAUAAUUAUGUAAAUAUCCCUCUCUGCAAAAUAGUGAGGAGUAAGGCAUAAUAUUGUUUUACAACAUUGAAGAUGUGAUAAGAAAAACAAAAUUUGGAAUGCUUUUACCAAUAGGCCAUUUGCAUGAUGGCGUCAUUUUACUACUACGACCAGAAUCCUUUUCGUUUUUUCUUUCAUAUUUAAAUUUUGUAAUCCCAGAGAGGUUUAAAUAACAAAAGCCUUAAUUUGCACAAGAAAGCAAAACCCUAAAGGAUUCAGGUCGUAGUAGUAAAAUGACGUCAUCGUGCAAAUGGCCUAUAGAAGCUAAUUUCCUGUUUUCUGUGAAAAGGCACCUAACUCCUUGAUUCCUUUUUAGUACAUUCUAUUAACUUAAAAUGUCAACUGGUUAUUUUACACACUUGAAUUCGUCCCCUUCUCACACUCACACCCUAAGCUUUAUUCUGGCACCAUGUGUGUAGAGAAAUCUGCACCUAGUAUUACAGUUUGUUGGGCAGAUAAGCUAAACAGUGCCCAGGUUUGACUACAUUUUUAUUUCUGAUGAGGACUAAGAAGAAAAAGUCUUAAUUGUUUUUUUUUCUUUUGUAAUUUUUGUCUCACAGUCAUGUAGUAAAUUGAUGCAAUGUUUUGACUGGUAACCGGUGGCCUGAAAAAACAGCUGACAUUUUGCCACGCCAAUACUGGUUUCCCCAUGAAAUGACGUCUGAGGAACAACUGCAGAAAUUCAAAUGUUACUACCAAGAUAUGGGUAGCAGUUUUGAUUGGUUGAAGCAAAUAAUAAUUCCCUUGUGGCAUGACCAUCAAAAGCACUACCCAGAUCUCGGAAUUGACAUAUCAUCAGUAUGGAAUUUCUGUGCUUGUCCCUUAGAUAUCAGCUUACAGGGAAUUCAGUGGUGGUGUUGGUGGCAUACUUGUAAAAUGUUGGCUGUUUUGUCAAGCUAGGUGACCAAAGGCUUUUAUCAGGUGAUGGUGUUGACUGGCUGCUGUGCAGUAAAGUGGCACUGUGGUUGAUCAAUGAUCAUAAUUGCUGAUUUUCAAUCCUCAUUCUUUGUGCUAGAGGCCUUUUUCUCUGUGGUACCACCCAAAUGCACUGCAGCAGCAUCAACAGGGAUAGUAUACACCCAGAAUCAGACAUGCUUAGCAGACAGUUUCUAACACACUUGAGUGAGGAUUAAAACUCACCAAUCACCUUAACUAACCAUGGUGCCACUAACUGUCCUGCACAACCAAUAUUAUUGAUAAUAUCAAGCGGUGAAAACCAAGAAAAGGGGUUGAAAGGGCACAAUGAAAAACAAAGAAAUGACUAGCGGAAACAUAUGAGAGUAAAAUUCUCCAUCUUGCCAAAAGUUAAGAUUUGCCAUAUGGGUAUUUAAAAAACUAUCAUUUGGCAGACCAUCUGGUUUCUCUAACCCUUCUGUCAUUAUCGUUGUAUCUUAGGCGUGACAUGAAUAAAAACCUCGACAUAAUUUGGUGUCAAACAUGAUGACAACAAAACUUAACGUUUGAUACCAAAUUAGGUCGUUUUUUGUAGCAUUGGCCUUGGAUGCAAUUGACAGUAAUGAAAAGUUGUGAUGUAAUCACUGUUAUAUUUGCAGCAGCACAUAAGCUAGGCUAUGGCAAUAACGAAAUAAAAUAACUAAGUUAUAUUAAUGUAUUUUCUUAAAAUAAUAAUGUCUUGGUAAUAUAAUACCAUAGUCAAAGGAUCUGUCAGUAAUUUAAUUGUAACUAAGUAAAGUAAAUUUUGCUAAUGCCACCUCAGUGCUCUGUAUUAUUUUGUGUGGCAUGCAGUAUUAUGUUUUAAACUUGUAUGUGUGCUUGUUGGUGUACUUUAAAGCUGUAUGUUGUUGUAGUGUAGUUUGUUGAUGAUGCAGGCUUAUUAGGUGUACAGGUUGCGAUUGUUUAGGAUGUCAUCAAAAGUUGUUCUUCACCAUCCAAAAGUUGUCUUCAUACUAAUAGAACAGUGGUUUUGUUUUGGAAGUUUUGCAACAUAUUUUGAAGCAUUUUUGGUUGACGUCAUGAUAGAUACAGUCACUCAAUAAACUGACCACAUCUGUGUGUAAUCAAUUAUGUUUUUAAAGUUGUCAGGCUUUAAAUUCAAUCUUGAAAAAACCACCUUGUUUGAUAGGGAUUGGCUCUUCAAAGGAGGAUCAUUAUUAGCACAAUUCCAGUGUCAGUUCCCCCGUUAUAGAACUAGUUAGGCUUUGAACAUUUUGGUGCACUCAGUUUAUAAUUAUUCUUUUAUUCAUGACCUACCUUUAGAGAAGAGAAGUGUGAGGUCACAAAAACCCAAAUUUGUGAAAUUAUGGGCUUGGUUAGCAUAUUCAGAAAGAACCACAUGAAAAAAGCCUCCUUGCCAACAAUCAGCCUGUUGGUGCAAAUUGGUGAGGAGAUACAAGCCCCAGUUUUUUAAUGAUGACUCCAUACAAAUCCUUCUAAAAUUGGCUUGGAUUGUAUUGUUAACCAUCCAGGACUUAUAUGGAGUUAUUGAAGUAUAGCAGUGCUUUUACCUCCUCACCACUUUGCACCAACAGGAUAAUUUUUAGCUAGUGAACAGUUUUCAAGUUGUUCUUUCUGGAUAUGCCCGCCAAUUCCAAAAUUUCACAAAUUUAGUUUUUGUGACAUCGUCACUUCUCCUCUCUAUUUAACUAAAGAUAUAUCAGUUUUUCCAGUGAAUGUUUUGUUUUUACCAAGCCCUUGUUAAAAUAGUGCCAUCACAAAAACCUCUUGUACAAUGUUAAGCCAUGAUAAUUUACCUAAGUGAAACUUGGUCUCAUAAUUGUGGUCAAUUUUAUUACGGGUGAUUGCAUUUCAUAAAUUCACAGACGUCAACUGCAGGACCCGAUGACAAUUUAGGGCUUAAAGCCAAUUUUCUCACAUGCCAACAAUAACAGUUCAAUCCCUUAUGUAGAAAUCUACCUUAAUUUGAAAGUGACACUGUGGUUGAUCAAUGAUCAUAAUUGCUGAUUUUCAAUCCUCAUUCUUUGUGCUAGAGGCCUUUUUCUCUGUGGUACCACUCAAAUGCACUGCAGCAGCAUCAACAGGGACAGUAUACACCCAGAAUCAGACAUGCUUAGGAGACAGUUUCCAACAGACUUGAGUGAGGAUUAAAACUCACCAAUCACCUUUAACUAACCAUGGUGCCACUAACUGUCCUGCACAACCAAUAUUAUUGAUAAUAUAAAGUGGUGAAAACCAAGAAAAGGGGUUGAAAGGGCACAAUGAAAAACAAAGAAAUGACUAGCGGAAACAUAUGAGAGUAAAAUUCUCCACCUUGCCAAAAGUUAAGAUUUGCCAUAUGGGUAUUAAAAAAACUAUCAUGUGGCAGACCAUCUGGUUUCUCUUACCCUUCUGUCAUUAUCAUAGUAUCUUAGGUGUGACAUGAGUAAAAACCUUGACAUAAUUUGGUGUCAAACACGAUGACAACAAAACUUCACGUUUGAUACCAAAUUAGGUCGUUUUUUGUAGCAUUGGCCUGGGAUGCAAUUGACUGAAAUGAAAAGUUGUGAUGUAAUCACUGUUGCAGCAGCACAUAAGCUAGGCUACGGCAAUAACAAGAUAAAAUAACUACGUUAUAUUAAUGUAUUUUCUUAAAAUAAUAAUGUCUUGGUAAUAUAAUACCAUAGUUAAAGGAUCUGUCAGUAAUUUAAUUGUAACUAAGUAAAGUAAAUUUUGCUAAUGCCACUUCAGUGCUCUGUAUUAUUUGUGUGGCAUGCAGUAUUAUGUUUUAAACUUGUAUGUGUGCUUGUUAGUGUACUUUAAAGCUGUAUGUUGUUGUAGUGUAGUUUGUUGAUGAUGCAGGCUUUUUAGGUGUAAAGGUUGCAAUAGUUUAGGAUGUCAUCAGAAGUUGUUCUUCACCAUCCAAAAGUUGUCCUCAUACUAAUAGAACAGUGGUUUUGUUUUGGAAGUUUCACAACGUAUUUUGAAGCAUUUUUGAUUGAGGUCAUGAUAGAUACAGUCACUCAAUAAAUUGACCACAUCUGUGUGUAAUCAAUUAUAUUUUUAAAGUUGUCAGGCUUUAAAUUCAAUCUUGAAAAAACCACCUUGUUUGAUAGGGAUCGGCUCUUCAAAGGAGGAUCAUUAUUAGCACAAUUCCAGUAUCAGUUCCCCCGUUAUAGAACUAGCUUUGCUUUGAACAUUUUGGUGCACUCAGUUUAUAAUUUUAUUCAUGACCUACCUGUAGAGAAGAGAAGUGUGAGGUUACUGAAAUUCAAAUUUGUGAAAGUAUGGGAUUGGUUAGCAUAUUCAGAAAGAACCACAUGAAAAAAGCCUCCUUGCCAACAAUCAGCCUGUUGGUGCGAAAAAGAAUUGGUGAGGAGAUAUGAUACAAGCACCAGUUUGCUCUAAUGACUCCAUACAAAUCCUUCUAAAAUUGGCUUGGAUUGUAUUGUUAACCAUCCAGGACUUAUAUGGAGUUAUUGAAGCAUAACAGUGCUUUUACCUCCUCACCAGUUUGCACAAACAGGAUAAUUUUUAGCAAGCAAAUAGUUUUCAAGUUGUUCUUUUAGGAUAUGCCAGCCAAUUCCAAAAUUCCACAAAUUUAGUUUUUGUGACAUCGUCACUUCUCCUCUCUAUUUAACUAAAGAUAUAUCAGUUUUUCCAGUGAAUGUUUUGUUUUUAGCAAGCCCUUGUUAAAAUAGUGCCAUCACAAAAACCUCUUAUACAAUGUUAAGCCAUGAUAAUUUACCUUAGUGAAACUUGGUCUCAUAAUUGUGGUCAAUUUUAUCAAGGGUGAUUGCAUUUCAUAAAUUCACAGACGUCAACUGCAGGACCCGAUGACAAUUUAGGGCUUAAAGCCAAUUUUCUCACAUGCCAACAAUAACAGUUCAAUCCCUUAUGUAGAAAUCUACCUUAAUUUGAGUUGGAUUAGAAUAAUGACCUUGGCAGUGCAUGGAAGAACAAUCAUACAUGUAGGCUAAGAGGAAGAUUAAGUGUUAUUUAUAGAAAUCUAACCCAGUUUGGAAAAGUUUUUAGACAGGAAGAUUACUGUUAAUGUUGGAGUAUUGCCAGAUGCUAUGUGUCUACAUUUUUAUUUAACAAAAUUUUAUUAUGCAAGUCAUGUAGACAAAUNGGGUGAUUGCAUUUCAUAAAUUCACAGACGUCAACUGCAGGACCCGAUGACAAUUUAGGGCUUAAAGCCAAUUUUCUCACAUGCCAACAAUAACAGUUCAAUCCCUUAUGUAGAAAUCUACCUUAAUUUGAGUUGGAUUAAAAUAAUGACCUUGGCAGUGCAUGGAAGAACAAUCAUACAUGUAGGCUAAGAGGAAGAUUAAGUGUUAUUCAUAGAAAUCUAACCCAGUUUGGAAAAGUUUUUAGACAGGAAGAUUACUGUUAAUGUUGGAGUAUUGCCAGAUGCUAUGUGUCUACAUUUUUAUUUAACAAAAUAUUAUUAUGCAAGUCAUGUAGACAAAUAUGUAGACAUUCUCUGUUCAGUUGUAAAAUACUAAAGAGUAAGAAUUCAAAAGGAGAGCAAUGGUACAGUAGCAAAUAGACAACUCAUGUAAUCUUUUUUGUUUUCAACCAACCACUCAAUUAAGUAGAACUGAGGAAGUAGUUAUGCAGUCAGUAUGGAUUUAUCAACAAGUUUAUCAAGAUUUCAGUUAUUAAUUCUUGGACUUUUUUACUUUCUUUUGACAGGUGGAAAACCCAACACCAGCAUCAUGCAUCCACACUAAUUUUAUUUAAUUCUAAAUAAAUUAUUUGCUAACAUUUUUGUCUUUCAGCCAAACUACACUUUCUUAGAAAAUUACAAAUUAAAGCAUUGUUUUGUCUCACUUGUAUUUCACUUCCCUGAGACAGCACUAUCUUUCUCCCUACAGUUUUGAUUAGUGUCUUAUGCAUUUUCAGGCCUGUGCACUGCAAGUUCAAAAGAAUAGGUUGCCUGUGGCACGGUCCAUUUCACAAGCUGAGGGAUCACGAGGAAAAGUGUGCACAUCCAGGCAUGACAGGAUUACAACUGAUGGAAUCCUUAGAAGUUGUUGAUAGAAAGCACAAGGAUGAGAUGGAACUCUUCCAAAACAUCGUUACAUUGCUGUCACAUGAAAAGAUUGCUAUAAAUGGUUAAUAUUCAAUUCCUUUGAUUUUCUUUUUCUCCUCUUUUGCGUUCAAAACAGCUCACUAAGUAGACUACACUAAUCAUUGUUCUUAAUACAGAGCAAAAUUAACCGCAGCGGAUUUUAUAGGAUGCAGCAGGGGAGGGUAAUGUGGUUUGUUGCUCAAUGUUUGAUUCAUUAUCUUGAGUAUGUUUGUCUAUGAUUUGUUUUUAUCUUUCCUUUCCUUUGUAGACUUUCACAAAUUAAUUCUUCCUUAUUACUAUUUUUUUGUGAUGGGUUGUCACAGACUGUUGUUUCUUCAUCAUCUUUGUUGAUACUGAUUACGUUUUUGACUGUUCACAGUUUUUUCAGGCUUGGUUAGUACCAAUCCAUGGUGAGGCUGUGAAAACUACUUCACAAUAUUGUUACUAACACUCUUUCAACAUUAUAAGUUCACUUGAUUUGCACAGGGCUUGAAUAUUUUAUUUGUGUAUUGUUUACCAUUUUCAGCUUCUUGUAAGGAUGUUGGGGUGGUUAUUUGGAUAUAAAAAAGCUAAUACCUCAUGCCUGUAGUCUCCUUUGCAGCGGUUAUUGGGCUCAUCGUGCAACGCUCCUCCCCAGUUAGUGGGGUGGAGCACUGCAUGAUGACUCUAAUAAUGGCUGCAAAGGAGACUACAUGCCACACAGCUUCCCUGUCUCUUGACAGUUCCUAUGAAAAGCUAUGUUGCAUUUAUGAACACAAUAUUGAUGUUCUCUCAAUCUCCAUCAUUCAAACAUACUUUGAACACAUCCUCAUCAACUCAUCCACAAUCUGGCAACACAUACAUUCCUACUAACCAAUUCAAGUUCACAAUCCUAUUAACAUCUGUAGACUUGCAGCUCAAGCCUUACCGCUCAGAUGACUAUAUACCUCAGCUCUGCUACGAGAGCAGUCGUUUCAGUGCCCUGGGUCAACAGUGGGUUGUCAAGGCAAACGUUGUUGGAAAUGAGAAAACUGUGAAACGCAUCCUUACUUACCAACUCGUGCAGAAAGGGAAAACAAAUCUGAAUGUCAAGUUUCUGAUGCUCCAAAGCCCAUUCAGUGACUUGAUAAUCAAGCCUGAAGUUCACCAGCAGCAGUUCACUUGCGACGUUCAGGAAAGUGGUUACCAUGAUCUUGUUCUUUCAGACCCUCUGGAAUGCAAUAAGAUGCUGGAGGCCAAUUCUAUUAAGUUGAGGAUGAUAAUUUUUCAAAUUCCUGGCUCAGAUUGAGUUUCUAGUUAUGAAAGGUGUAUGUAUAGAAAUAAUAUAAGUUUUUCAGUUUCACUGUUAAGCUUGCAAGAAUGCAGUAUUAUUAUUUAAUGUUUCAGCAACUAUGAAAACUCAUGGAUGCCUUUUCUGUUUAAUUUACAACUUAAAGCUCUUUUGGGUAUUUUUCAUUGGGGAUUUUUCUUAAUUCUGUAGUGACACUUAUUUGCAAAGAGAGUUCUAUCAGAACUGCAGCACAUUUUAUGAUUGCGAUUUAUGGUAGUUUCCAGAAUAAUAACACCUGUAGACAGGAACAGAAGGGUUUUAUGGAAUUUAACUCUGAGCUAUUAUUAUUAUUAUUAUUGUUGAAAUUGUUUAUAUAUUGACCAAAAACAGUAGUGAAGAUACUCUAGAAGCGGCAGUUAUGAUGGAGUCUGCUCAUCUCAACUUAACAAAACUCCUUUUUACCACAGACCAGGCUCCAGUUGUUCAAAAGGUGGAUAGUGCUAUCCACUGGAUAAAUCACUAUCCAGUGGAUAAUGCUAUUAGUUUUCGUAAUUUUUAUUCACUGGAUAGUGAUUUAUCUGGUGGAUAGCACUAUCCAACUUUUGAACAACGCGGGCCUGUUAUGAAAAACAUUAUUGUUUUACCAGUUACAGUACAAGUCUUACGGCAUUUUGUUAUUUCUGGGUUCCAUUGUACCUUCUUCUCUGUCUUUAUUUUUUGUCUGUCAAGAAUUCUACAAACAUAUUUAUUCACAAAAGAAACUGAAUCUGCUUCACAGAUGUCUUUUCAAUCAUCAAAACAUAUACAGAGAAUUAAAUUUAUUAUUAACCUUGAUGUAAAUACUCUAUCAGUAUCUUAGUCAAUAUCAUUAGUGUGGAGAGGUGUGAUAGAUUUUACUGCUCCUAAUACUUCCUGGAAUUUGUGUAAAAUUGCAUUCUAGCUUGUGUGAAUCUGAACACUGAAUAUGUAUAAGUAAAGUGUAAUUUAAGCUUGAUCAAAUCAAUUUUGACUGCUUGUAAAUAU